CAACAUGCAAGACCAGCGGGAGCCGGGGCCAGCACCUGGCCAGAUGCCCCCUCUCUGCGCGUUUCUCAGUGACCUCGCAGGGCAAGCAGGCGGGGUUUCCCUCUGCCGGAUUUCGAAAGACAGCUGUGCGGGCUCGGCACCUGGGGGACAGAGCGGUGACGCUGUGGAGUGGGCGAGGCCCGGCUCCCCCCUUCCCCCGCCGGAUGGGGAUGGCGAAGCCAGGAUCUCUGGGCGCAGCGGCGAGGGCGAGGGCCCGUCUGCCUGCACUGCCGGUGGUCCAGACCCAGGGGAGCAGAGCGGCGCCUGGGGGGAGUUUGAAGCCUUUCGGGAAUCUUCAGCCGGGUGUGAACAAUUCUCUCAGUCCUUUAAGCUCUCGGAGAGGCCCACAGAACCUCAGCUGCCUGGAACUACUUCUGCCCAAAUGGAGCGUGGUUCUUGCCAGCCUCACCAGGGCGGACCUGGGGUGACAGGAACCGGCGCCGUCGCACCUUCUGAGCCCAUUGUCAGCUAUGAGAACAUUUUUAGGUUUGCUUUUCAAGAAGUACCAGUCCUGCAGGCAACUGAAGAUGUUUCCGCCUUAGACCAUUUCCUAGAAACAAGCAAUGAAGAAAAACCUGACCUUGAGUCUGUGCAUAGACUGUGUUCUGAAUCUAGAAAACUCUGGAGAGCUCUUCAGAACACCGGGACCACAACGACUUCCCGAUGCCUCUGGAGCGAGUCCCACUGCCGGGAGAACUUCCUUCCUGUUCUCGGAAUAGACGCGGCUCAGAAGGUGAACGAGCUGGGUGGAAGCGGGCUCCUGGGGGCCGGCUGGACCCCGCCGCAUCCUUGCCAGCCACCCUGCGCGCCGCACGCCGGGCGAGGGGCGGGGGCGCCCCGGCAGCCAGGAGGCCGCUUUCUCAGGGUGCGGAGGGCGAGACAGGGCGCCCUCGUCUGGCUCCGGCAGCUCCUCGACGGCGGUCAGGCGCAGCCCUGCCCCGGGUGCCUGGCGGAGGAGGCGCCCUGGCAGCGCGCCCCGCGGUAGCAGCCUCCCGGGUCGCGCGGGCCCAGGGCGCCGGGCUCGCAGGGACAGGAGUGUCCGCACCACAGGCGUUGCUGGAGGCGGUGGGCCGGGGGCCGUGGUCAUCGUGAGGGCAGCGGGUGGGGGAGGCGUGGGGUCUGCUGCCAGGGGGGCCCCUCGCGCUUGAGGAGGCAGCCAGCAAAGCCGGCGCGGAGAGGUGGCCGGGGAGAGGCUCGGGAAGGCCGCGGCCCAACCUACAGCCACCCGGCUCUUGCGCCAUCAAAGAAAAUGCAAAUUGUAAGGAGGGUCGUCUUUCAGGAGCCAAGGAGGCAACGACCUUUUUCGAUUUUUAAGUGCUGAGGGAAUUUUAAGAAGUGGGAAACACAGAAGGGGCCAGCCAGGCAGGCCCCGGGGGGCACGGGGGCGCGGCGACGGUGGCCACACCGGGCUGGAAGGGGCUGCGGGGCCGGAUGAGGCUGCCUGGCCGGCGGGUGCGUCCGCCCGAGGGAAGCAGCGGGGCCGCGGGAGCGGGGUGGGCGGCGGGCAGCCCCCGGCGCAGGCCCGGGGGAAGCAGGGGGAAGCGGGCAGAAGGCCCCUUUCCUCUCUCCCCGGCCUGGCCGGGAGCACGGCGAGGCCCGCGCCGUCCUGCAGCCCCCCGCGCGCCCCGCCGCCAGGGACCUGCGCGCGGCCCGGGGGUGGAGCGCGGCCGCCCCGGCGAGAAGGCGGGGCGCACGGGCGGGGCCCGGGGGGCACGCGCGCCCCUCUGCCCGGGGAAGGCUCCGCGAGGCAGGGGCUGGGCCCUUCCAGACACACGCGGCGGGCGCCUCCUGCAGCGACGAGACGGAAGCGGC